ACUUACAUUCAUUACUCCGUUUACAAACUUACCGCUGCUCGAUCAAUCGCUGCCAUUACUAAAGCAUGCAAUGGCUGCUGUUGUAGACAGUUAUAUGUGAUUGGUUGAGUUCACGUUGGUCAAUAUUGAUUGGCUGUUAGCGACUGUCAGGUCCCUCCUACCUUCAGGCUGCCAGUAACUGCCUGCCGAUUUUUUAUCUGAACCCCUACUGUGUCAUCGGGAGCUGAAACUGGAACUUAAUGGUAAGAAACUGCAAUCUAUCUGAUAUCCUUUUUCCGUCAUGGCCACUGCUGAGUUCACAAAAGACCUUUGUACUCCAGCGUUUAUUGUUGACCUGGAUAUAGUGAAGGAAAAUGCUCAAGCCAUGCAGGAGCGCUUCCAAAAGCUUGGGGUUCAACUCCGACCCCACAUGAAAACCCACAAAACUUUGGAAUGUGCAGACAUCAUGACUGCAGGCUCUCGUCGGUGUAUUGUGGUGUCUACUCUAGCUGAGGCGUCUUUCUAUGCAGAUAAUGGCUAUGAUGAUAUACUAUACGCAUACCCACUGCCAUUUGAUAAAGUGGAUCGCUGUGCUGAGCUGUCAGAGAGGCUUUCUUUAUUCCACAUAGUGGUGGACAACCACCGUGCCUUACAGGAACUGAAGAAGAGACCACUGAAGCAGGGCAAAGUCUGGAAGGUGUGGAUGAAACUAGACUGUAACAAUGGGAGAGCGGGUCUUCCUCAUUUUGACUCGGCUGCAUUGCAGCUCGCCCAGGAGAUAUCUGAGGCGCCAGGAGUGGAGCUCACAGGAAUUUACGCACAUUGUGGAAACACCUAUGCCUGUCAAGGGGAGGAGCAAAUCAAAGCCGUAGCUCAGGAAACCACCACACUCACGCUGCAGUUCAUGGAGAAGUUGAAAUCUGCUGGAAUACACGGUCCCAAAUCCAGUAUUGGCUCCACUCCUUCAUGUAGUCACCCAGUUCCAGACAUGGCCAUGUUAAGUGAAGUGCAUCCUGGGAACUAUAUAUUUUAUGAUGUGCAGCAGUCUCUCAUUGGAUCCUGUAGACUUGAAAAUGUUGCAGUACGGGUUCUGACAAGGGUCAUAGGUCACUACCCACACAGAAACCAGCUUCUGGUAGACUGUGGGUGGACGGCACUGAGUCAUGAUGGUGGAGGACGUUUACCAACAGGAUACUGUAUCAUUGAAGGGCACCCAGACCUAAAGCUGCUGUCUAUGACUCAGGAACACGGCAGGGUGGAGCCCAUCUCUGGAAAACUGGACUUCAGUCAGUUCCCCCUGGGGUCACUUCUCUCACUCAUGCCAUACCAUGCUUGUGCUACAGCUAUGAUGCAUCCAGUUUAUUUUGUUCAUUCUAAAGGGAAGAUUACAGGCACAUGGAAGCCCACUCGAGGCUGGUAACCGUCACUCAUGGAUGGAAUCUGGUAUACUGUAACUGGGACCUGCUAGUAGCUGUGUUAAGGGAAUAAUAAUUAUGGUAAUUUAACCCUGUAACAACUAAAGUUGAUUUCUAAGGCAGGUGUCUAUCAAAAACCAACAUUUUAGGAACUUGCUGAGCCAGAUGCAUUAUGGGUUGGAUGCAUAUCGUCUCUGUCAUUGUCUCAGUGAUGUUGAAAAUGGAAGUUUACAUUAAACUUUACAGUAUGUAUUUGCAGAUAGUCAUGAUUUAUGAAACAAAGCUUUGUAAGUUGCAUCUUUAAACCCUUAGAUCCACACUGUAGUGUUAUAAGCAACUAAACUGAACUAAACACUUCUCUGCUUUUUAACCGAAUACAUUUUUAUUUUUAUUUUAUCUACUGUAACAUUUUAUGCUCAGUUAGAAGUUUAAAAAUAUCUUUAGUAUUAUCUAACUAUCCUGGGGGGCCCUGAGAUGGUCCCAGGGGGCCCUACAUUAAUGACAAUACAUUCAUUUAUCAUAAAUUCUGUGUAAUUACACCUCUACUAACUAAGGAGCUAACCAAGAGCACUCCACUAACCAAGAGCACUACAUUUUGUAAUUUUAUAUAUUUUGUUUCAUAAAUUUUUACGUUUUAAAAAUGUUUUAUGUCCUAAGUUUUCUUUGGGAUGGAGCGCAAAGGUAUGCACCGUACACAAGGGGGACCACAUUAGAACCACUAAUUUCGAGUAUUAUUAACUAAUUGUGUAAUAAAGUAAUGUACCACAUUAGCAAUUUAUUAAAAUUGCUGCUAUGAUUGCUUUUCUUAUCUUUCUCUGUAAACAAAAUGUUAAAGUAUUAUUAUUAUUAAUAAAUACAUUAAUGUUG